AUGGAGGUUGGUGUAAUGCAAGGUCGUCGUCGUUACGUCCAUGAAGUCUUGGCUGGACUCUGUUGGGCUUGGAUCUUAACUAUGAUCCAACCAUCGAAUACGAGCUCGAUACUGCUGCUGUCCUCUCGUAUACACUUAGGCAGGCAGGCUUCACGAAGCCUUUUAACUUGCGUCAGAGCCAAGACUAUAGGAGAAGGCCAACGCUGGGUCUAG